AACAUUGGCUCGUAUAACUCGCACCGCGUUUUCAUCUGAAACUUCACAGAAAAAGUGACACAAAGUUCCUACGUCUUCACUUUGAAAUUUGAAUGCCUAAGAAGGGUAACUUGUUUUUUCUGUCUCAUUGCUCCAUAUUUUUGUUUUCUAGCUCUCAGCUUUUUCACGUUCCUUUCUUUCUUCGAUUCUUACCGUUCCUUAAAAGAAUUUCUAAACACAUUCAAGACUACUUCAACGUUUUUGCCACUUAUUUCACGGAAAUUACCCCUUUUACUCCUAUAAAUUUUCUCAAGCCUUUAUUCUCUCCAUUAACUCAGUUUCAAAAAAUUAAUCAUAACAUCAAUAAUUGCUUCCACUAAAGAAACACAACACCAAUAAUCGCUUUUUGUGUUGAUUUUCAUAAUGAUGAGGUUUAGAGGCAUCACUAGCAAGCUUUAUUCUUCACGCCUUUCGCCAACUUCUAAAUCAUUCCUCACAUCUUCUUCUUCUUCUUCUGCUGUUGUACCUCCACUUCUAGUUAGAAAUUUUCAUGGCUCUAUCAUCCCUAAAUUUCAAGGUAAUGUUCUUUUCUCAAGGGUAUAUAUGUCUUCCUCUUCAGCUUUAUUAGAUGAGGAAGUGAUGAGAGGUAGCAGAAGUAUUGGAUCACUCAAAGCAGUUGAAGAUCAACAUGGAGGAGUUAUUAUAAACAUGGAGGAGUCUAUGAAUUCUUAUGUUUUUGCUUCUAUGCUAGAAGCUUCGAUAUCACAAUGGAGGAGACAGGGAAAGAAGGGAGUGUGGAUUAAGUUGGCUAGAGAACAUUCAAAUCUUGUGGCUUCUGCAGUUGAGGCUGGAUUUAAGUAUCAUCAUGCUGAACCAGAUCAUUUAAUGCUUGUAUAUUGGAUUCCUGAUACUCCUAAUACUAUUCCUGCAAACGCUUCUCACCGCAUUUCCAUUGGUGCUUUUGUAAUCAAUACCAAAAUGGAGGUGCUGGUGGUUCAAGAAAAAAACGGGAGAUUCAGUGGCAAAGGAUUAUGGAAAUUGCCUACUGGAGCUGUUAAUGAGGGGGAAGAUGUUUGUGCUGCUGCAAUUAGAGAGGUCAAAGAAGAAACAGGAAUAGAAACUGAAUUUGUUCAAAUUUUAGCAUUCAGGGAAAGACAUAAAUGUUUCUUCCAAAAAUCAGAGAUACUCUUUAUAUGCAUGUUACAACCUCAUUCCUUUAACAUUGAGAGCCAAGUUUCAGAAAUUGAAGCAGCGCAGUGGAUGCCAAUUGAUGAUUAUGUAGCUCAACCUUUUGUUCAAGAAAAUGAGUUAUUUAAUUUUCUAACAAAAGUAGGAUUAUCAAAGUUGAAUGGAAAGUACUGUGGCUUUUCUACCAUGCUUACUAGCACUUCCUCUUGCAAGAAAUCUCAUGUCUACAUCAACACAAAAGAUUCUGCUGAUUUGUUAUAACUUCCAAACUUCACCAACCUUCAUUAAUAGUGGCACCAAUUUAAUUAAUUAAGGGUGUAUAGAAAUUUCAAAAAAUAAAAUAAAAUCAACAGGUGCUUGAAAUCAGGUCACUAUAUGUUUGUUGUCAAUUUUUUAUUUGUUCAUUUCAUUCAAAUCUUUGAUUAUUGUAAUAAUUUCAUACAAGUCAAGUGUCAACCAUAAUAUAUAGUUGUCCAAGUUCUUUAUUUAUGUAAAUUCCUUACAUUUUCACCAUACAUAAUUGAUGGGUGGAGAUUGGAUUGAUAUUAUAAUAUAGUCUUGAGGAGACAGAUGUUGGAAAAUUGUUCACAAAUGUUUGUUACCUUGUUGAAUAUUGACCAUUAUUUUCAAAUGGAAUGUAUCAAGAAAUUUGUUUAUUUAUUA